AUGACUGGGGAGUUCACUGCAGCUCUGUCUUUUGCUCUCCAUUUCCACAAGAUGGGUUCAUUCAGAAGGCCUCGACCUCGCUUCAUGAGCUCCCCAGUCCUCAGUGACCUUCCACGAUUCCAGGCAGCCCGGCAGGCUCUGCAGCUCAGCUCCAACUCUGCCUGGAACAGUGUUCAAACAGCAGUGAUAAAUGUGUUCAAAGGGGGAGGCUUGCAGAACAACGAACUUUACACCCUCAAUGAAAAUAUCAGACGGCUGCAGAAGAGUGAACUUGGAUCCUUCGUCACAGAUUACUUUCAGAACCAGCUCCUUGCAAAAGGCUUGCUGUUUAUAGAGGAGAAGGUUAAGCUGUAUGAAGGUGAGGAUCGCAUUGAUGUCCUGUCUGAAAUCUGGGAUCACUAUUUUACAGAGACUCUUCCUACACUCCAGGCAAUAUUCUACCCAGUCCAGGGUCAGGAGUUGACUAUCCGUCAGAUUGCGCUCCUUGGCUUCAGAGACUUGGUCUUGCUAAAAGUAAAGUUGGAAGAAAUUCUUCCUCUGGUCCAGACAAAGCUCCCAGCUUCCAUUGUCCAGAUGCUGUUAAUUCUGCAGAGUGUCCAUGAGCCUACGGGCCCCAGUGAGGGCUACUUACAGCUGGAAGAAUUAGUCAAGCAGGUGGUAUCGCCGUACUUGGGUUUGUGUGAGGAUCACAGCUUUUCUGGUAGCACCUGCUUGCUUGAGAGACGGUACUCCAGAUCCCGUUCUAAGACUGGCGUCCUGAAUUAUUCAUCUCACGUGGUGACAAGCCAGCAGCCCAGUGAGAUGGCUCUGACCCCACUGACGGAGCAGGAGGGUGAGGCUUAUCUGGAGAAAUGCGGUAGCAUCCGUCGUCACACUGUUGCAAAUGCUCACUCAGAUAUUCAGCUCCUGGCGAUGGCCUCCAUGAUGCACACAGGAAUGGUGAUUGAGGAAUCAGACAGUACUGACAAAUGCCUGCUCCUGCAGCCCAGUUUUAGCCACAGGCAGUGCUCCAGUGAGCCCAGUAUUGCCGAUGGGCCAGAGGAAGUCAUGGCAGCAAGUAGGCAGGACCCUGCAGAACUGGCCUGCACAUCGGUCAGCUAG